AUGGCUCCAAGGGACACCUUCUUCCGUUCGUCGGAUAUGAGCUUGACCCAGCUCUAUAUCGCUAAUGAAAUCGGACGGGAAGUUGUCAGUGCCCUAGGAGAGCUUGGCCAAGUUCAGUUCAGGGAUCUCAACCCUGACACCAAUGCCUUCCAACGUACCUUCACCAAGGAGAUUCGCCGCUUGGAUAAUGUGGAGAGACAGCUACGAUAUUUCCUUUCCCAAAUGAACAAGGCAGGCAUUCCGAUGAGAUCCUCAGCUGAAUUUUCGGAUACGUUGGCCGCUCCAUUGGCAUCCGAGAUCGAUGAGCUUGCUGAGCGCAGCGAGGGGCUUGAACAGAGAAUUGCUUCGUUGAACGAUAGCUACGAAACACUGAAGAAACGCGAGGUGGAGCUGACAGAAUGGCGAUGGGUGCUGAGGGAGACUGGUGGCUUUUUCGAUCGUGCCCACAGUCACACAGAGGAAAUCCGUCAGUCGUUUGACAAUGAUGAAGCACCCCUCCUUCGUGACGUGGAACAGCAACCCCAACGAGGUGCAAACGGUGAAGCGCAAGGCCAACAGUCAUUCCUCGAAAUGAACAUCGGAUUCGUUGCGGGUGUGAUUCCUCGGGACCAUAUUGGUGCCUUUGAGCGAAUCCUUUGGCGGACGCUGCGCGGUAAUCUGUACAUGAACCAGUCGGAGAUCCCUGAGCCCAUUAUCGACCCGACCAACAACGAGGAGACUCACAAGAAUUGCUUUGUUAUUUUCGCCCAUGGAAAGAACAUCAUAGCCAAGAUACGGAAGAUUUCUGAGUCCCUCGGUGCUUCUCUGUACAGUGUCGAUGAGAACAGCGAGUUGAGACGGGAUCAGGUCCACGAAGUGAACACCCGGCUGAGUGAUGUGGGCAACGUUCUGCGCAACACCAAGAAUACACUUGAUGCGGAACUUUCUCAGAUUGCUCGGUCCCUUGCGGCUUGGAUGAUCAUCGUCAAGAAGGAGAAGGCUGUUUAUGAUACGCUCAAUAGGUUUUCGUAUGAUCAAGCAAGGAAGACCCUCAUCGCGGAGGCGUGGUGUCCGACAAACUCACUGCCGUUGAUUAAGUCAACCCUGCAGGAUGUCAAUGACCGUGCCGGGUUAAGUGUGCCUACCAUCGUCAACCAGAUCCGGACCAACAAGACUCCACCUACCUUCGUACGAACCAACAAGUUCACGGAAGCGUUCCAGACCAUUGUCAAUGCGUAUGGUAUUCCCAAGUACUCCGAGGCCAAUCCUGGAUUGUACACUGUCGUGACGUUUCCUUUCCUGUUCGCCGUCAUGUUUGGUGAUUUCGGCCAUGGUGCUCUGAUGACCCUGUGCGCUGUCACUAUGAUCUUCUGGGAGAGGAAGCUGCAGAAGACUAAACUGGAUGAACUGACAUAUAUGGCUUUCUAUGGCCGUUAUAUCAUGCUGAUGAUGGGACUUUUCUCUAUGUUCACUGGUAUCAUGUACAAUGACAUCUUCUCGAAGUCGUUUACCAUCUUCCAGAGUCAGUGGAAGUGGCCUGACCACAUCGAGAAAGGGCAGCCAGUGGAGGCGACAUUGAAAGACGGCUAUCGUUUCCCUAUUGGAGUUGACUGGAAUUGGCACGAGGCCGAGAACUCGUUGCUCUUCACUAACAGUAUGAAGAUGAAAAUGAGUAUCAUCCUGGGUUGGACGCAUAUGACCUAUGCUCUUUGCCUGCAGUACGUCAACGCCCGGCAUUUCAAAUCUAAGGUAGAUAUUAUUGGUAAUUUCCUCCCGGGCAUGAUCUUUUUCCAGUCCAUCUUUGGCUACCUCGUCAUCACCAUCAUCUAUAAGUGGUUUGUUGAUUGGGGGGCCAAUGGUAGGUCGCCCCCUGGUCUCCUGAACAUGCUUAUUUUUAUGUUCCUCUCUCCUGGAACCGUGGAAGAGAAGCUCUACCCACACCAAUCAACUGUCCAAGUGAUUCUGUUACUUCUCGCUGUCGUCCAAGUGCCCAUCAUGCUCUUUUUCAAGCCUUUCUACCUCCGUUGGGAGCACAACCGAGCCCGCGCCCUUGGAUACAGAGGCCUCGGUGAACAAUCGAGAGUCAGCGCGCUCGAUGACGAAGGUGAGAAUAUGGAUGGCCGGCUCUCUGGAGCUCGCGAUAGCAUGGCCAGUGAUGGCGAGGGUGUUGCUCUGAUUGCCCAGGACCUCGACGAUGAAGAACAUGAGGAAUUCGAUUUCUCAGAGAUCAUGAUCCACCAGGUCAUCCACACCAUUGAGUUCUGCCUAAACUGUAUCUCCCACACCGCUUCCUACCUGCGUCUGUGGGCCCUGUCUCUGGCCCAUCAGCAGCUAUCCAUCGUUCUGUGGGAUAUGACCCUUGGCGGCGCUUUCGAGCAAGAGUCUCCCACCAUCCGUGUCAUCAUGAUCGUCGUCACCUUCUACCUGUGGUUCACGUUGACCGUGGCCAUUCUGUGCGUCAUGGAAGGCACUAGUGCUAUGCUCCAUUCUCUCCGUCUGCACUGGGUGGAAGCUAUGAGUAAACAUUUCAUGGGCGAUGGAAUACCCUUUGCUCCAUUCAGCUUCAAGAUACUCCUGGAGGAGGAUCCAGUCGAUUGA